AUGGAGCUUCCGCCGGAUGCCCGGCGGGGCAAGAGCCGCGCGGCGGCCGUGAGCCCGUUGGUGCUGCGCGAAAUCGUCGCCGUGCGACGCGCGCAUCCCGAGCUCGCGAACGAGCACAUCGCGACGGCCGUCAACGUGCAGUACGGCACGCGCCUCGGCAGCAGCGACAUAGAUCGACUGUACCGAAAGGCCACCGUCGAGAGCAGCGUAGGGAAGAAUAAAUUCGUUCGUUAUAAGAACGCGGAGCUUGAGGCGGAGUUAGCGCGGUGGACGCGCGAGAGGCGGCUCCGUCUCGAAGCGAAAAGGGCGGCGCGGGGGAAAGGGGAGGUCCCGAGGUCGAGCAUCGUGGCCUACCUGCAGAACUACGCGCGGCGCGUCGCAGAGCGGUUCGGCGUGCCUCCUCUGUUCGAGUUCGAGCGCUGGUGGUGCUGCGAAGUGCUGCGCGACGCGGGUCUCGACGAGUGCGGCGAGGAGGUGGGGACGCGCGCGGGGGACGAGGGGGGGACGCGGGGGAGGGACGAGGCGGAAACGCGCGACACGCAGGGGGAGAAGCAGGACGACCGCGUCGCACGCGAUAACGGAGAUGCUCCGGACUCCGCUAGUGCUGGCGAAGGCGGCUUAGGCGGCGCUGCGGCAGGCGAGCUGAGUGCGGGCAGAAGCGGUGGGGGCGAUGAGGGCGGAGAGCCCGACAAGUCGCAGGUACCUGCGGGCGCACCGUCGUGGGCGCGGGGCAGCGCCGCCGCGGCCGUGCGCUACAUCGGCGAAAGCAGCAGCAGAGCGCCUUACGACGGGUCGGGCGCGACGGCGGGCGCGGCCAGCGCGGGCGCGAGCGCGCUGGCGGCGCGCGUGCGGUACGAGGUGGCGAUGCUGGCGUGCGUGCGGCCGUUCCUGAGCCCGCGGAUCGUGACGGCCGCCGUGCACGCGCGCUACGGGCUGUGGCUCAUCCCCAAACACGUCCGCUACAUCGUCCAGGAGAGCCGCCGCUGGGUGCGCGCGGGGGACGCGGGGGAGCGCGCGCCUGGCGCGGCGGACGCGGGGGAGAGCGCGCUGGAGGAGGCGGUGGCGCUGUGGGUGGUGGCGGAGGAGGAGGGUGCGGGGCGCGCUGUGAGCCGCGCGCAGCUUGUGGGCAAGGCGAGGGAGCUGGCACGGGGGUGUGGCGUGGAGGAGGGGCGGUGCACCGAGGCUUGGGCGAGCAGGUUCGCGGUGGAGAGGCAAGGGGAGGCAGACCUGGGGCGAGCAGGGGAUGGUGGCGGUGGGAGAGGGGAGGGCGCAGUGGGUGGCGCGGGGCAGUCCCCAUCCCCGUCCCCCUGGCAUGAUGAUGCAUGGCGGUCCGUGGCCCCCCUGCCCGCCAUGGACAGCCCUGAGCUGCAGGCGCUGCAGAGGGAGGUGAGCAACGAGAGCAACGAGAGUAACGAGAGUGUUGUGCUGCCCCACUUCCACUUCCUCCGCGUGCCCCCUGCUCUGGGCAGUGGUGGUGGAGUGAUGGAGGAGCACAUGAGGCGCCUCUUCGGCCCACUGGACCCGGCAACCGUGGCACCCACCACCAGCGCUGCCGAACCUCACCUUGGUGGGACCGUGGGCGCACGCGCGGGCGGGGGGCUGCUGGGGAGGCACGGGGUGCCGUUCAUUCUCACGCGCCCCAUGCUGCGCCAGGCAGCGCGCCGCAUCGCCCCGCUGCUGUACCGCAGCGGCAGCGGCAGGGGCUGCCCGCGCUUCGAGGUCUACUGGUGCCGCCGCUUCCUGCGCCGCCUCGAGGCUCUGCGCAACCUGGCCCGCCUCAAGCUCUCUGCCGCCCGCCAGGGAGACCCGCCGCCCGUUGUGAUCCGGUGGCCUGGGAAGGGGUGUAGGGAGGGAGAGGGCGUGGAGGAGGGGAUGAGUGGGGAUGAAACACGUGGAGCAGAUGGUUCAAAGGUGGGAGAUAGAGGGGAAGCUACACUGGAAGCGAGGGGAAAAGCAAGAGAGGAGGGAAUUGGUGGGGGAAAGCGAGAUGAGGGAAGACACGAGCGAGAUGGGAAAGAGAGAGGGCGUGGGAUAGAGGACGAUAUGACUGACGAGUUGCGGGCUGCAGGAGAGGCGGCGGCGGCACCGGUGCCCGUGGGGGCAGCAGCAGGCACUCCAGCAGCAGUGGUGGUGGCGGCGGUGCAGCGGGCGCUGUGUGAGUGGGUGGCGGAGGGGGUGGUGGCGCGGCGAGCAGACGAGGAGGAGGCGCGGGAGCAGGCGGUGGUGGUGGGCGCGGUGCAGGCGACGUGGGGCGUGGCGGUGGGCGAGCAGCACCUCGCCCUGCUGUGGCAGCAGCGGGAUGAGUUGCUGGGGGACGGGUGGGAGGGAAGGAUCAGAGCACGGCUGGCAGGUGCCGUGCAGCAGAGGGAGGGUGGGGAGGGCAGGGCGGAGGCGGGUGGGGAGGAGGUGAUGGCUGGGGAUGAUGGUAAGGGGCAGGUGGGGCAGGAGAGGCAGGUUGGGCAGGUGGGGCAGGAGAAGGGGCAGGUGGGGCAGGAGAAGGUUCAGGUGGGGCAGGUGAGGCAGAAGAAGGGGCAGGUGGGGCAGGUGGGGCAGGAGAAGGGGAAGGUGGGGCAGGUGGGGCAGGAGAAGGGGCAGGUGGGGCAGGAAAAAGGCGUGCAUGGUGACCCCAGCGUGCAUGGCGACCCCAGCGCGGUGCUGCUGCAGUGGGUGGCGUGGCGGGACGUGCGUGCGCUGCUGCAGGCACUGGAUGGGCCGCAGUGGCACGCCAGGCUGCUGGCGCGCGUGGCAUGCAAGGUGGAUGGGGGGGCUUUAUGCAGGAGCGGGCGGGACCACUGCACUGUGCAUGCGGUACCGCAAGGUGCAUGCAGGGAAGCGAGCACCCGGUGGGAGCUCGACCCCACCCUGCAGGGCGGCAGUACAGCGCAGCGCCUGCCUGCCAGGCACGGCCGAUUGCUCCCCGCCCCACCGCGCCCAUGA